CACGAGUCCAAAGUUGAGUUUGUGUGUGUUGUUUGAUAAGCAGUAUGAGAAGGUCGAGAAAUCCAACCUCAUCAUCAGCGGGUCAGGCCAGCAGCUUAGCAACUGGUUCUUCAAACACCAGCAAUAAUGGUAACACAGUUCCUUCUCUACUCAAGGAACUUCACGCUCUUGUGCUACAAAUCCAGGUAUAAAUCUGUCUUAUUAAAACACUUCUGAUUACGAUUCAGCGAAUAAUUUACGACAAAAAUUAUGACAUUUUUAUUCUAGAUGUCGCUAGAGGAUCUUAAGAUGCAUUUAAUUCCUUAAAAUAUUGGCUAGUUUUAAAUUAAAUCUUCAAGAGUACUGUUACGUUUUGAUCGAUAUAUUUACACAGGCGUCCAUGUUAAGUUUAUUGAAAAGGCCUGGGGAGAGUGAGAAAAUAGUUUUGUUGGAUCAACAGUACCGCACUUUUCCUUCGUUUCCUCUAAAGGGUAUUGAACAGUAGCACAGUUAUGCUACAUAUUAUCCCUAACCCUUUAACUUCCAAGAUCUGAUUGUUAAUUCUCCCCUCUACCUUCUACACAUUUCCCUCCAGAUUGGUUAUGAGAAUCUGGCAUGUGAUAAAUAUAACAACAACUCCUUGAUAAGUUUGGGUGUUCUCAUUACCUGUUUGCUGGAGAAUGUAUGAAUAUUUUAGGGAGAAGGUUAUUGUUAAUCACUGGGCAAUAAUGAUCAAUGUAAGCUUUUUAUGCUUGUGGGUGAAUCAAAAACAACUUAGGUAACCCCUCAUUGUUGUUGUUGUUGUUUGUUUUUUAUCACAUUAUGGUUACCUAGCUGAUCACACUUUAUCUCCCUGGCAAGGUUUUAAAAUCUACAAUUUAGUCUCAGAGCCAUCUUAAAUUGUCUUUGUCAAGUAUUAAAUUACGCUGUUACUCAACCUUUUAACCCCUUAAAGUGACUUCCUUCAAUAUUUUUCCUAUGGUAUCACCUUUGAAUUAUCACCUUCUUUAGAAGCUCCUGAUUGUCAAUUAAAUUUUCCUUGCCUUGUACUUUGUCUGCACCAUAGUAAAUAUAAAAAGAACUGUGUGAAGGAUAAUGCUAAUGUUAGGGGUGUGAAAAGUUGAUGUAAACAUACCAAUUCUCUCCUUAACUUAUUGAUUAUUUCAAUCAACGCAUGUUCUGUCCUCUCUUAGGAGCAAAGAACACAAAGUGAGCAAAACCUAUCGACCAUUGCAAAAACUCAUGAGAAGAUGAAGACAGAAGUUAAAGGUUUGUCGAAGUAUAAUGAAAAAGCCCUACCUCCUGAAAAUCUAGUGAGAACCUUAAUAAGUGCAAGGCUCUAAGCUUGAUGUACAAUGUGAGGGGUUAGGUAGUUUUAUCAACUGAGGUUGUAGAGAAGUAUUUUUGGAUAGAGAAGGUUCCUCAAGGUCAAGAAAAGUCAUGAGAAUUUAUACUGAAUCAAGAAAAAUUGAACUCAUCGGGAAAACUUCCCUGGUGGAGAGACCCCACCAUAAAGCUUAUGAAAAGUCAGAGAAUAAUAGAUUCACAACAAUGCUGUUAAAAUACUUUUGAUGGCUGGAAAAGGAUAUUCUGCUUAUGUUGAUCUUGACAACAUUUCUUCUUUGCUGUACUUUCAGAGUUGGUUUGACGCCAACUUUAUUUUUUUUUGUUGAUUUCUGUUGGUUUGCGGAGUACAACAAACUGGGAAUGAUGGGUGGCUUGUAGUCCAGUAUUUAAGUGAUGAGAUGACUUAUGCCCUUGAAACUGCCCCCUUCAGGAACCUUUCAAUAGGAGUUCAGCAUCCCAUAGGAGUCCUCCUUACACCCCCUAAUCAAGCAUUUAGUAUCUGUAGGGAGUGCUUUUAAUUAACAAUUGGUUCAUAUGUCAGCGUGCGUUCAUCGAGAUAUGAAACACGGGAAGUUUGGAGAGCAUGAAAUAUGCGUAAGACUUGCUUGAGGCAUAGCCUUGAGCAACUCUAGCUUCUUGAGUGCUCUCCAACUUCCCAAGUGCUUCAUAUAUUGAUGAACGCACAGCUGACGUAUGAACCAAUUGUUUUAUAACAUUUUCAACCUGAUAGAAAAUUUUUUUCCUCGAGGGAUUUGUUUGCUGACAUCAUGAGUGUGCACAAUAGGAAUAUGAAGCACACUCGUGCAAUAGAAUUUGAGUAGACAAAUUUACCAGCUAUGUUAUAAAUUAAUGUGAAAGGGUCAUAAGACAAACUGGUUAUGAUUUGUUUCACAUGUACAGUCCUAUCCUCCUGUUUGAAAUCACUGUGUCUUUGAAACUGCAAAUAUUUCUUAAUGGUGAUUGUCUCUUUUCUGUAGUAUCAUCCUACUUUAAAUCUAAGCUGCGAGGCUUGUACAAAACAGCAGGAACAGAUGCAGAGACAGAAGUGGAGUGAGUGAUUUUUAAUAUCAUGUGUCAUAACAAAUUUUAGGGGUACAAUUUUCUUACAUAAACUUACUUCUCUCUGAGACUUUGAGCCUUUUUUUUUUUACUUUCAGGAUAAUCAAAAAGGCUUUGGACAAAAUAGCCAGCAUUAAGGCACUGAGAAAUGAUAGAAGGAUUGGUGAGAUAAAUAUCUUUUCAUUAUUUACUUCUAGCCCCAAGGUAUUGUUUAAAACCAAGAAAACCCAGUGUGGGUAUCUUCUAUCUGGAAAAUUAAUGCAUAUGAUUGAAACUGUGCAGAAGUUUUAUGAGUGUGGUCAGAUUUGAAACCCAAUUAAUUUGCUUAAAGAGAAGUAAUCUAUUUUGAUUUGUUGUGUCUUGGUGGAUUUACAGUUAGAUUAGGCAGAAACAAAUUUAAACAAAUGUAGCUGGCUAGUGCAUUUCAUAACCUUUCCAUCUAAUAUGUUUUUUGGUGGUUGCGCAUCAAAUAGCGCAUCAAAUAGCGCAUCAAAUAGCGCAUCAAAUAAAGCAUUUUUUUUUUUACAAAGGACACCUGCUAAGGUCUACCAUAUCCCUAACCCUUUACCCUUAAGAAUGACUAGCAUCUAAUUUCUCCUUACAGUUUAACCCCUGAAUCAUGCAUUAAGAUCAUGCGAAUAAUGAAUGAAGACGCUCUUGAUUGUUAGGCAAAUUCUCCUUAUCAACACCUCAGCAAAUGUAUGAAGAACAGUAUUGAGAAUAUGCAUGGUGAUGAUAGGGUGUUAAGGGUUUAUACUGAAGUGCUGCUUCAAAGUGAUUUUUCUCACAGGAUAUGACCCACCUGAAAUCUAUAAGCAGCCAAAUAACUGAUUUGUAAUGAUUGUCAAUUUAUUUUAGUGCGUGGUGGUAGCAGUCGACUUGGUAAUCAGGAAACAGGGGAACCAAGGUGAUUACAUGUAUUGCCAUUCACAAAUCCAUUUGCUUAUUUAGGUAGGAUCUAAAAUUUAGUUAUCCAAAGUUAAUUUAUUGUGAUCUUUCUUUUGAGUGUUGCUGUCCUAAAACACACUUGGUAAUGGAGAAAACUAUGGAUACUGAUGAUGAAAUUAACAAUGAUAUUACACAAUGAUUAUAAUAACCUUUCAAUUCAAAUUCUAUAUACAUGUAUUUCCAUCUCUGCCAAUUUUCUCUGGUACUCAGAUCAUGAAUAGGCAGUGAUAUUGAAAUUUUUGCAAACAAAGAGCAAGCUAGGGAAGGGGGAAGCUGAUUUUCUCACCAAAAAGAGAGAAAGAUUGUGCCAUCUGUUCUUCUGUUAACAAUUUCCUUUUAUAGUUUUGUAGAAAUAUGGAGACUGUUAAGUCAAUUGAUUAUUAAUAAAUGAUAAUUGCUAAGGUAUGGCCUUAAUCAACCAAACAUGGUAUGUGAUUUGUACAAGAUUAAUAUUAAAAAAAAGUGAUUUGUGACCAAUUUGCCAUCUGAGGCUCUGUUUCAUCUAUUUUCUUUAGAAAAGUAAUGAGAAGAGGAGUGCUCAUGACAAUGUUACAGCAAGCUGCUUUGCAGUUACCAAUGUGGAUGGGGAAAGCCUCUGAAACGUAGGUUAACCUGUUACCUUGAGUAAUUGAAGAUAGGUGCCUGGAGUAUCCAAGGGCUACAACCCUCAUGGAUGACAAAUUGCCUUGACCAGAUAGGGAUUACUUUAAAAGCCAUUUGCUUCCUCUGUAAUUAUUAGUAGAGCACUCCACCAGUGUUGCAGAGAUCGUGGGUUCAAAUCCUGUACAGGCCUGAAUUUUUGUCUUACCUUAUUUUCACUACUGCUCAAGUGGUGUUCAUUACUGUGAAGAUCGCUUUCAUAUUGACGUCUUUAUCCACAGUUCACAUAUAUGAUUUUCAUAUAUUCACAAUUAUUUAUUCAUCACGGGUUGAUGUGGAACAUAGUGAACAGCUCCCAGUUGGCUUGUUAGCUCAGUUGGUUGAGCAUUCCACCAGUAUUACAGAGAUCAUGGGUUCAAAUCCAGUACAGGCUUGAUUUUUUUUUUCAGGCCUUAUUUUCACUGCUGCUUAAGUAGUGUUCAUUAUACUGCUGAGAAUGCUUUCAAAUUAAUUUCUUAAAAAACCACAGUUCAUAUUAUGAUCUUCAUAUAUUUACAGUCAGAAAGCUGCUAAUUGACAAACUUACUAAUACCUCUGCUAGCUAUAUGCUCUCAUUCCAUACAUUUGUCAAAGCUGAUUGGAUCAGUGGAGCACUUGGAAAUGACCACUGCAAAACUAGUCAGGACUGCUUUAACUCCUAUUUCUAAAAUAUGGAAAAUAUAUUUCAUAUGCUAGGAGUGGAUCAGUUGUAAACACUGUUUAAUUCUCCAUCUUUCUCUUUUAAAAGUAUUAUUGAAUAUAAUGCCUCUUGUAUUCUCCUCCAGGCCCCCUCCUCUUUGUGGAUGCAUUCAAGCAGAACCUAAUUAUAUUGCCCAGCAAGGAGAUCAUGUAAGUUGGCAAAGAGUGUCUCAUUAUUUUAAAAUUAUUCCUCACUCAUCUCUCUAAAUCCAAACUUUUUUUUUUAAUGUUUUAGGUUGCUGCACGUGUGCGCACACCUGACGGCGAAGAACAGUUGAUCUUGGCGGAAAUAGUGUCAUUCAAUCCUUCGUCAAACAAGUAUCCUUUGGCAUUCUAUAAAAUUAUGCUGGAGAAGUACUUUGCAUCAUUCAGCAUUGUAUAUUUACUUGUACCUUACUAUUUGCUUGUCAAUUAUAAUGAGCAGAUGAAAAGAUACAUGCGAACAACGUGUGGACAAAUCCUAGUUGUUGUUAAUGAUCGAUAUUCUAGUUUUACUUACAAUGUCUUCAUGAGUGAUCAGUAAAAAGACUGAAAAGGCUGGAGAUUUAAAGGUUCUUGAUGAAAAUCUGUGUUUGAACAGAUGAGAUUUUUCAGCGAGAAUUCUGAUUUAGCCUGCAGAAUAGGCGCAUGUUUUUGCGUUGUUCGGAAAAGCAAAGGCAAGCCCAAGUCACGCUCGAGAGGGGCAGUGCGAAAAAUUUAUUCGGGCUCCUCCCCUCGCACAUGACUUGCACUUCGCGUUUACCUCGCGUUCAACCCACGUUCGCGCUUGCCUCUUCUGCAGGUUAAAUCUGACCUAAAGAAUUGACUUAAGCUGCACUUUCUCAGCGGCAAAAUGACAUCAUUCUUUCGGUACCGUGAUCGGCUAUUGAGAUUGGAAAAGCUUUCACUAUUCCUCGGAUUUGGGUUUCUUUUUUACGUUUUGGUGUUUCUGCAUUUAUCUUGACUCUGCUUUUAAGAUAUGAUGUUGACGAUAUCGACGAAGAAGCUGGGAGAAACGGGAAGGAGUAAGUGAAAGCGACUUCUAUUUGUCUGCAAGGGCUCAGUUCAGCAGAAUUUCUAUGCUGCAUGAUACCUCUCUCCUUGUUAAUCUUUUAUCCCUACGAGAGACUUGCAUCUAAAUUCUCCUUACAAUAUCACCUCUGAAUCACACAUGAAAUUCACGAGAAUAAAGGAAAUGAUCACCAACUAAAGAGGCUCUAGAUUGUCAAACAAAUUCUCCUUGUCUGCACCUGAGGAAUUGUAUGGAGAAAAGUAUCGAGAAUUUGCAUACUGAUGACAGGGUGUGAAGGAUUAAGACAACCCGUGUCCCAGUAAGAAGCUGACACUAUGUUAACACGGCAAAUGCUUUUAAUAUUUCAUUAAUAGUACUGUUCGUUGCAGACGUCAUCAUCUGAGCCGAAGACGUGUGAUACCGCUGCCCAAGAUGAAGGCAAACCCAGUAACCCACCCUCAAGCUCUGUUUCAAGCAGAUCAGGUAUAUUAACCAAUCAUAUUCCUUGGAUCUGCACGUUAGGGAAUGUAAUAUGUGAGUGCCAAAACCUCGCCGAACUUUUUUGAACUUAUGCUCAAAAUUCCUCAUUCUAGGCUAGCUUGCCUUGUUUCGUUUUUAUUCGAGAGCAGACGAGCUCAAAACGUACGUGACAGCCGAUAGGCGUGCGAGAGAGGGAGCGAAAAAAGAAAGAAAAAUAAACAAACAAACAAACAAACAGAGCUCCCCUAGUAAAUACUCUGUGCGCAGUAAAGCUUCACUACAUUGACUACAUGAGUAAGAUAUUAACUUGUUGAUCGUGUUGGUUUUGUUAUCCCCUUAGAUUGUGAUGGCGCUUUACCCACAAACCACAUGUUUUUACAAAGCCGUAAUUCAUGAGCCUCCUUCAAGGGUAAGUGGGCGUACCUCCGGGCUCAGUCUUAAAUGUGUAAAUGGUAAAUUGUUACUUACUAGAGAAGUUCAAUAGGUAAGGGUUACUUAUCCGACCGAUAGUCGACAGAUGUAUCGGCCGAAUGUCGCACGACCAUCACCGACAGUUGACCGAAAUAUAUCGACCGAUUGUGACCCGACUAUCAACCGAGAGUCGACCGAUGUAUCGACCAACUGCUGACAGACUAUUGAUUGACAGUUGACCUUAAUAUCUACCGACUCUCGACUGACCAUCGGCUGACAGUUGACAGAUAUAUAUUGGCCAACAGUCGACCAAUGUAUAUCAGCCGACUGUCGACAGACGAUCGGCCGAAAAUUGACCAAAAUAUAUCGACCGACUGCGAAGUGACUAUCAACCGACAGUCGACCGAUAUACCGACCGACUGCCGACUGAUUAUCGACCGAAUGAUCACCAUAGAGGACAUGUUCAAAGGUCGAAGAAAGCUUGGUCACUAAUAAGCCCUUUUGGAAACAAGCUCAUUCGUAAAAUCCCUCUUGUUGAACGAUCAUGUGUAGGCCUGUCCCGAUUGUGCUUGUAAGAUGCUGAAAAGUUGCCAAAGGGGCUUAACAAUUACCAAAAAUCCAAAACUUUUGCCACCUGAAUUUCAAAAGAUGCCCCCUAAAGUUACUGACAUUUCUAUAUAAACGUUAAUGAAAGUUUAGUUUUCGGUCUUUGCAAUAGUUAACGUCGCUCUAAAGAGUUGCUCGCAAAUAAGGGCGGCUUUUCACCAUCCGUUUCCUUUCAUGGAAAGUAAAUUAACUAAAACAGCCAAUUUUGGACGUCGUGUUAGCUGACUACCUGCCAAACAUCCAAGAAAUUUCCAUAAAUUGAGGUUUUUUUUUAAUGAAAUCGUUGACUUAGUCGUGCUUGAUAUAUGCUCUAAUUCUGAAAUUUCUCGGAAGGGAAAAAUUGCUCGAGGUUGCUAGAACCGCAAAAAGUUGCUCCAAACGCCAAAAGUUUCUCAAAACUUGCCGAGCACCAUCGGGAGAAGCCUACUCAUGUGUUGAUACGCUCCUCUGUGGCCUAGGCUUGGCAAAUAUCUGACCUUUCCGACUCAAAAGGCGCGAAUAUUACUCUUCGGAAAGAAUGUUGGUAUUCCCGACAAAAAUUAUUCGAAUUGAUUUACAGACGAAAUAUGUACUAAAAACGGAUGUAUGUCUACGGGUGUCUUGCUCCGCGAGCCACUAAGAUACAAAUUAUAUCGAAAGGCGUUUCUAUUUUGUAAUUCUUAUUGCAGCCUCAAGAUGACUACUCCGUGUCGUUUGAAGAUACUUCUUACUCUGAUGGCUUCGCUCCUCCACUAAAUGUGCCACAGCGAUACGUCGUGGCCUCCAAAGAGACGAAGAAAAGAUAACGUUAAGAACAUAUUGUGAAAAUUUACAGAAACACUCUGCUCUUAAACAUUGGGGUAUCCUUUGUGCCCUAAAAAAUGGCGCUUUUGGAGGAUUACUGGCUUCUCUCUUAUCUUAGGUUUUCCGUCUUGUGCUAAGCCGGCUUUGAUCCAAGGACUUAAGAAUUUUAAUUCUUCCUGUUGAAGAGCUUUUCCAAAGCAACUAACCCUUUGGCCCCUAAGGGAGACUAGCUUCUAAUUUCUUCCCACACCACCAGUGGUGAAUCAAACGUGAAGGUCAUGAGAGUAAACGAAAUGAUCACCAACAAAAGAAGCACGUAAUUGUCAAACAAAUUCUCCUUGUAAGAAUCAUAAGAAAUGCAUAUGGAGCAGUAAAGAGAGUAUACAUAUUGAUGAGAGGGCAUGAUAAGUGAAUCGAUACGGCCUAGAGAAAUCUCGUUUACAUCUACCUGCUGAUACCACAAACCAACUAAGUAGAUUUGUUGCAAGAGUUCAAAGGUGUUGCAAAAGGAAAAAAGUACCACUUUGUUGUCGACCGACAUAAAUGGAACCUAGAGGUUCUAACUAGAAAUGGAUUAACAUUUUUACUUUUUAUUGUACGUGAGAUUAAAACUAAAAAAAAAUUGAAAGGGUUAAAUAAUGCACUUAGUAUAGGAGCAGUUUACUAUUAAGUGUCAGUGACUUUUCACGCUUGUAUUUAUUUUAGAAAGUAGCA